AUAAAACUGGAAUUCCUGAGCGGAUCUGCUUCCUGACCGCGGGUUUCCAAUUCUUUCGGCUUCAUAUUCAGUGAGAGUGACAGACACGAAAAGAGAAGAGAGAGAAGAUGAACAUAUUCAGGCUAGCCGGGGAUAUGACUCAUUUGGCCAGUGUUCUUGUAUUGCUCCUCAAGAUCCACACAAUUAAAUCUUGUGCUGGCAUUUCCCUGAAGACUCAGGAACUUUAUGCCAUUGUGUUUGCUACUCGCUAUUUAGAUCUUUUCACCGACUACAUCUCACUCUACAAUACACUGAUGAAAUUAAUUUUCCUGGGAAGCUCUUUCUCAAUUGUGUGGUAUAUUCGGCAUCACAAAAUUGUACGAAGAUCCUAUGACAAGGACCAAGACACUUUUCGCCACUAUUUCCUUGUGCUGCCUUGCUUCCUUUUAGCCCUAGUCAUAAACGAAAAGUUUACCUUCAAAGAGGUGAUGUGGACAUUUUCAUUGUUCUUGGAAGCUGUUGCCAUCCUUCCUCAGCUUGUCUUGCUACAGAGAACGAGAAAUAUUGACAACUUGACUGGGCAAUAUGUUUUUCUUCUUGGUGCAUACCGCUCGUUAUACAUUUUCAACUGGAUAUACCGCUACUUUACUGAACCACACUAUGUGCACUGGAUAACAUGGAUUUCGGGGCUAGUUCAGACACUGCUUUAUGCUGAUUUCUUCUAUUAUUACUUCCAAAGCUGGAAGAAUAAUGUGAAGCUCGAACUGCCUGCUUGAGAAUUUGUAUCCGAACAAGAUGCCGAUAGUUUUGAGCGUCUUGCCAUACGUUGGACCACUCUUUAGAUGCCCUGCAUUCUGGCUAUGGUCAUUAACUGCCUCCAGCUUGUUCUCUGUUUUCCAAUGGGUCUUGAGAGGAGAAGCAGAACAUUUUUCUUUUUUUCCUUUUUAUUACCUCAAGGAGCAGUUUAUUNUUUGUGUCCGUUUUUAUUUUUGAUUUUUUUUUUUU